CCCUUAUUUAACCCAUCUUUAUCCAAUGCAGUCUUGUUGAUGUUUUCUUGUAUCAUCAACCGUUACCGAGAGCUGAAAAACCCAUCUUUUUGAAGUUUGUUUUGGUUUUGUUUUCUUGAAGAAACCUCGUGAAUUUCUGUAAAUUUUCCGGGAAAGAAGCGUUGGUUUUAAGAGAAGAAAACAAGGGAGAAAAAGAAAACCAUGUUGGAUCUUAACCUUGAGAUGGUCUCAAGCGAGUCAUCCUGUGACGAGAACAUCAUCAUCAUCAACAACAACAACAAGAAGAAGAAUUUAACUCUAAUAGAAGAUUCGGGUUCUUCAAAAUCUUCAAUCAUCAACGACGAAGAUGUUCCGUUAUCCAAUGCAAAAGAUGAGGAUUCCUCCAACGAAGCUUCACCGGCAUUCGUUUUCGAUAUCUUAAAGAAGGAAAAGGACGACGUCACCAUUGCUAAAACGGUCCAAAACCCUUCGCCGGACUUCGUUACUCGACAGGUUUUUCCGGUCACCGGAGUAAAAACGGGUCUAGAGUUGGAGUUCGGAACAAAAGAUUUAGCUAGUAGACCCCAAUGGUUGAAUUUAUCUUAUGUUGAGUCCACCGGUGAGGAGAAGCUGACGACUGCUCCGAUAAAGCCACCACCGAGGAAGAACCGGAGAGGGCCGAGGUCCCGGAGCUCACAGUACCGUGGCGUCACAUUUUAUCGGAGAACUGGCCGGUGGGAAUCACAUAUAUGGGAUUGCGGGAAGCAAUUAUAUUUAGGAGGAUUUGACACUGCCCAUGAUGCUGCCAGAGCAUACGAUCGAGCUGCGAUCAAGUUCCGGGGAGUCGAUGCCGAUAUCAACUUCGUUUUGAGUGAUUACGUGGAAGACAUGAAACAGAUGAAGCACAUGAGUAAAGGGGAAUUCGUGCAUUCUCUCCGUCGACGAAGCAACGGAUUCUCGAGGGGGAGCUCCAAGUACAGAGGGGUAGCUUUGCAUAAAUGCGGUCAAUGGGAAGCUCGAAUGGGACAAUUCCUCGGAAAGAAGUAUAUGGAUCUUGGAUUAUUCGACUCCGAAGUAGAAGCUGCAAGGGCUUAUGAUAUGGCUGCCAUGAAAUGUAAUGGAAGUGAAGCUGUGACCAACUUUGAGCCAAGUACUUAUGAAGGGGAGACUACAAACAGUGGAGCCAAUUGUCAUCACAAUCUCGAUUUGAGCCUCGGGAUUUCGGCACCUUCUGUUGCAAGAAACGGGAGCCAUGCUGCAGGGGGUUUCCAUUUUCGUAGCGGUGCUGGCAUGGUAGAGAGGCUGUCGUUUGAGUGUUCUGCUUCUGCAUAUGUGGGAGAACAACCUCAACACAAUCUAAUAUUUAUAUCUAAGCACCCUCCGGUACUGUCCGGUGUUUACCCCAGUGCUCUUUUACCAUACAACGAGGGAAGGGCAAUGCAGAAGAGAGCUGAAGCUGUUCCGUUCUCGAACUGGGGAUGGCAAAUGCAAGGGGAUGGUAAAACUAACCCAACCCCGGCGUUUAGUAUAGCAGCAUCAUCAGGAUUCUCUUCGUCCACCGGCGUUGCUUCACCGACUACUCUCCCUUUUAACGAUUCUGGCCGGAACCUUUGCCUUGCAACACCGGCUACGUCGACAAACAACACUUCUCAUCACUACAAUUACAGAAGCUGAAAUCAGCACGACGUUUUUGAAACUUUCCGUAAUGCUCAUUGUAUAAGUUUGACGAGUGAAAGCU